AUGGAUGCCAUUGCUGAUAGUACUUUCCAGAUAAAUAAGAGCAAGGUACAGCUUGUGGAAGAGACGCCAUCUCUGCUGACUCUUGUGAUAGACACCAAUCCAAAAUUAUGGGCAGAAUUUGAUAGAGAAGUCGGGAAGAAGGGGCAGCUUAUGCAGGUACUCAAGUCUACCAUAGUGUUCUUGAACGCACAUCUAUCGUUCAACAAUAGUAACCAAGUUUCAGUAAUAGCAGCAUGCUCACGGGGUAUCAAGUAUCUGUACCCACAGGCGGAUGACAAGGAGGGCUCCACUAAGAAGAAAAAGUCAGAAGACAGGUCUAUCAUUAACCGGAAUAUGUACCGUGGGUUCCGUAAUGUGGAUGAGGCUGUCGUUGAGGAGCUUUAUAGAGUGUUUCAGCAAGAAUCAAAGCAGUUGGAGGACGGAGUGCCCCAGCCUUUCCGCAGCACUUUGUCCGGGGCCAUGUCGGCUGGCCUCACGUAUAUUAAUAGGAUCACACAUGAGACCGAAGGAGUCAGCUUGAAGUCGCGCCUGUUGGUGAUAACAUGCGGCAGCAGUGCAUCAAAAGACGAGGUUUUCCAGUACAUCCCGAUCAUGAACUGCAUAUUUUCUGCGACCAAGAUGAAGUGUCCGAUUGAUGUCGUCAAAGUUGGCGGUGUCAAGGAAUCCACUUUCUUGCAGCAGGCUACAGAUGCUACUAAUGGAAACUAUCUACAUGUGGCAAACACAGACGGUCUAAUCCAAUAUUUGUCGACCGCGAUGUUCAUAGACCCUUCCUUGAGACAAUGGGUGGUCAAGCCCAACCAGAGUUCCGUCGAUUUCAGAACGUCAUGCUACCUCACGGGGAAGGUGGUGGCCAUUGGUUUUGUGUGCAGUGUGUGUCUCUGCGUACUUUCUAUCAUACCGCCAGGUAACAAGUGUCCUGCCUGCGAUUCGGAGUUCGAUGAGAAGGUCGUCGCAAAGCUUAGUCGUAAGCCGGUCAUCACGGGAACGCUCAGGAAGAAGAAGAAGAAGAAGGUCACUAAGUAG